AUGGGGCCCCCCCCUUCUGUGUGUGCUGCUGGGGGCCCCCCGUCCCCCCAGUGGGCCUCUGCCGCUACCCCCGGCGAGUUGGGUUCAGACCCUCGGCUGUCUCUUCUGAGCACUGCCAGCGAGAGUACUGCAGCGCCGCUGCGGACGGGGGGCCCCCCAAGCUCUCCUGGGGGCCCCCCGGGGGCCCCCCAAAGGACAGCGAACCCAAGCCAGGCACCAUCAUCAGCUGAAACACCCAGAAGGAUUAGCGCUGCGGGGGCCCCCACACAAUCCACGCAGCAGCAGCUGCAGCAGCAACAACAACAACAACAGCAGCAGCAGCAGCAGCAGCAGGAGGGGCAAAUGACCCCCAACCAGAGCACACUCCAGCAGGGGCAACAACAGCAGCAGCAGCAGCAGCAGCAGCAGCAGCCAACACAACAGCCGCCACAACAGGAACAACAGGCACAGCAGCAGCCGCAGCAGCAGCAGCAGCAACAGGCAUUUCAGCGUUGA